GAGAGCGAGAGACGGAAAGAGAGUCGCGGCUGCCUCGCCACAUCACCUCAGCUGUGCUUUCAGACAGACUGGAAGAGUUCAGGCUGAAGCGAUGCGCGCUAAUGGAUGUCUCGAUCACAGGUUUUGUCACAUGUGAGGAGCACCAGUGAUGGCGAGUGCGCUCAGCUGUAGGAUGUGGACCCCCCCGCUGUGUCCUGCCACGGCUGGGACAUGAUGGCAUGCCGAGGUGCAGGCUGCUCGGGCUUUGCCCCCGUGAGCCAAGACACGGCGAGGUUCGCCAUGCUGGCGCUGCUCAUCCUGCUGUACCUUCUCUGUGGGGCUGCCGUCUUCUCCGCCCUGGAGCAGCCCAAAGAGAAGCAGGCCAAGGCCCGGUGGAUGCAGAGGUUCGAGCAAUUCAGUCAGAAGCACAAUCUGAGCCGGAGCGACCUGGAGAACUUCCUUAGGCACUACGAGGAGGCCAGCAUGGCUGGGGUGCGGGUGGACGGACUCAAAGCUCGUUGGGACUUCCCAGGAGCGCUGUAUUUUGUGGGUACUGUGGUGUCCACUAUUGGCUUUGGAAUGACCACACCUGCCACAGUCGGCGGGAAAAUCUUCCUGAUCUUUUACGGGCUAAUUGGCUGCGCGGCCACUAUCUUGUUUUUCAACCUGUUCCUGGAGAGAAUCAUAACCGUGCUGGCCUUUGUGCUGAAGUCCUGCCAUGAGGUCCAGCAUCGGCGGAAAGGAGUGCUACCUCACGACGCCGGGCAAGGCCCAGGAGACAUGAGGCAGCAUGGGGAGGACGGUCUAGCAGGGUGGAAGCCGUCAGUCUACUGCGUGAUGCUGAUCCUCUGUGUAGCGGCUGUCAUCAUAUCCUGCUGUGCCUCGGCCAUGUACUCCUCUAUGGAGGGAUGGGGAUACUUGGACUCUCUGUACUUCUGCUUUGUAGCAUUUAGCACCAUUGGCUUUGGGGACAUGGUUAGCGGUCAGCGGACCACCUACCAGAGUCAGACCCUCUACAGCCUGGGGAAUUUCUUUUUCAUCUUGUUGGGGGCUUGCUGCAUUUACUCGCUCUUCAAUGUCAUCUCCAUCGUCAUCAAGCAGGUUCUCAACUGGCUUCUGAAGAAGCUGGAGAUACCAUGUCGACACUGUCCAGGAAGGUCCCUGCGGCCGGGCCGAAACGCGGUGGUGCCUGGACACUUCCGCACGCGGGUCCGCAACAUCUCCAUAGAUACGGAUGCUGUGAACGAGAGUGAAACGGACGGCCGCAGGAUGUCCGGGGAGAUGAUCUCUAUGAGAGACUUCUUGGCUGCCAAUAAGGUCAACUUGGCCAUCAUGCAGAAGCAGCUGUCCGAGACAGCCAAUGGCUAUCCACGGCCAUCUGGCUCUGCUAACCGGCACAAUGAGUUCUCUGGUGGAGUCGGGGCUCUGGGCAUCAUGAACAACAGGCUGGCUGAGACCAGCGUGGACAGAUAAGUCAGACCAAAUGAAAAACGACUGCACAAGAAAACUGAGGCCAUACUGUGCUGUCCUUACUACAGAUACAACUGUUUUAUGGCAGUUAGUGAUUUGUCUGCCUUUCAUUCGUGGAUCUGUACAUGCAUUGCUGCUCUGAAUGUGGUACAGAUGCUCAGGUGUGGUUGUUCUAGAGGCUUUGCUGCAUCAGUCCUUUUCCACUUAAAGCACAACUAGUUCUGAAAUGAGUUGGAGGAAAUACAGUGUUCCUCAGUUCCAGUGUUCCAUUGUACAAGUUAGCUUAUCAGUUUGACGCCUGUCAAAUCGGCUUGUUCCCUAGAAUUACUUGAAAUGAAUGAGCUGAGCUUAACUCCACAGCCAUCGAUCUGUGCUGCGCCAUGAAGCUGCUGUCUUUAAUAAUUCGUUCUCAUGUACUUCCAUCUACUUUGAUGCCAUCUGCCACUACUUUGAUGGAACAUAAAGCCUUUGGAACAGGUGAACGAUCUUGGGAAAUCAUGUGAGCACUUACGUGAUGCAAUUUGCAUUUUUCUGUAGCCCACUAUCCUUUUAAAUGAACAUAUUUGAAAAGAUAUAAGGAACAUGGCGGAAGAACAUGAUUAAGUUAGACCUCCGUUCAUUUCAUGAUGAUAGUAAUGUAUAAUUUAGAUGCUAAUAGCUGUACAGUACUGUGCGGAAUCAAGACCACCCUUCAUUUAUUUCUUGCCAGUAAAAAUGGCCAUUAAACACAGGCAUUUUUACGGAGAUGUUUCUGAGGAGAUUAAAAAUAAGUGGGUAUCAUCCACUUGCAUGAGGAAACAGAACGUCCAAGGAAAAUUCGUUUAAAAAAAACAGGAGUUUGGGGUUCCCAAAACUGGAAUUCUUAGUAUCAUUGGAUGUGUUUGGAAUCACCCGGGUCCUGAGAAGCAACCAGGUUCUAAGAAUGGACUUUGGAGGUGUGGAAAAAUAUCUCCAAAAAGAAUGGAAGAGCUAAAAAAGGCACAGAACUGACACACUAAAAAAUGCUGACAUGACAUGUAGUCGUUGAAGCUGCUGUUUACUUUUCUGUUCAAUAUGUUUUAAUUUUCCACUGCAGGAAAAUGAAUAACUCACAUGUUUGGCCAUUUUGACUGGGAAUUAAAUGCAUGACGGGUGGUCUCUGACUUUUGCACAGUGCUGUACCUUUUGAAGUAUAAAUUGCUCGAUGCUUGAUUUCAAGCACUACAAGCAAGACAUGCUCGUUAUGCAGGUGGAAGCAGAAACAAGGGAGUUAUGGGUCAGCUGUGGGCAAAGCCAAAUGUAUAUGAUGCAGGACAUCAAAAAAGAGGCUAUUUUUCAGCCCUUUGUAUUGAGAAAGCUGGUUCAUUAAUAUUGAGAAUGAGAGAUGUUAUAUGUGUAGUUGCAUGAUGAAUAAAAGUCUAUUUUACAGGUUUUACUCCACAUUGUCUGUCCAUGAUUAUGGGUCAGAAAUUUUAGAUGCUCAUAUUUUAUUCUCAUUUGUAAAAGUGCCAGGGAAAAACUGUGCUUUAUAUUACAGCAGCGUCAUAUUUAUCCUUGAAGCUAAAGGCAUAAGAAAGCAGAACGUAAAGAUUAAAGACCUCCUCUGCACUGAGCUGCAUGUCUGAGUGUGCAGUUUAUUUCAUCAGUGACUAAACAGGUUAAAGCUCAAUUCGAUGAGGAUAUAAUGCCCUCUAUGGUUACAGUUGUGUCAUUACACCACCUCAGUUUGCUUUUUUUUGCCUAGAUUGCUCAGUUGCAUUAAAGCCAGCUCUCCAAAUGGUGAUAAAUGGGCUUCAGUAAUGAAUAGUCUCCAGACCUCACGGCUAAACAUGACUGGACUCUAAAUCAGGGUUAUUUGGGCUGUAAAGACGUGCUGUUUUAAGAUGAAGAUGAAAGAAGAUGAAAUGCUUUUACUGUUUAAAGGAGUGGCUCUCACCUCUUCACUGCGUGCUAGAACAAUGCAAAAAUAGCUGCCUUAUGUAACAGCUGAUUUAAAUAGUUAGGUUAUUCCUCAGAGAACAGAUACCGAGCUCAGUUUUAGAGGAAUAGCUUACAUUUGGAGAUAAAGCCAGAGA